AUUGUAGAAGUCGGUUCACACACCGGUAAAACCGCAAUAGCUCUGAUCAAAGCCUGUCGUGAAGUCGCCGCUGAUCGCAAAUGCUCGCUGAUUUCCGUUGAUAUGUGGGCGAGAUCUGCUGACAUCUAUGAGGAAGAAAAAUACUUGCAUAUGAUUGUGGACCACAGUAAUGCUGACCUUGGGUUUUAUGAAGUUUUCAUGAAUAAUAUCAAAUAUCAAAAUUUAACUGAUGCAAUUGCUCCGCUUCGUAUCCCUUCAGCACAAGGUGCGCACGUUUUGUACUGCUACGGAGUCAGAGCUCAGUUCAUUUAUAUUGGUAAGUUUUGUCUGGAUACAACUUAUCUAACUCAUUGGAAUACAGGCAGGCGUUCGGUUGUUAUCUGA